UGUUACGGGGAUAUUGUGGGGUCGUUAUGGGGGAAUGUAGCGGGAUAUAGCGGGAUGUAGUGGUCGUUUAUGGGGAUUAUCCCACUGAUUGUACUAAAUCGUACUGAUUCUUUCAGGGAUGUUAGGGAUGUUAGGGAUGUUAUGGUUGUUAUGGGGCUCGAAAGAGGGAAUGCUGGAAAUGUCACCUAAGCGCCGCGCACUAAAAACUGUCGGAUGCUGUCUCCGCUGCGGCCGUAGCGUCACCGGGUCCUCAUCACUUGGACUAAGUUUCGAAGCUAUGAACUCUCAUUGGGGGAAAGAGCCUAUGAUCUUCCAAACAAGCCUAAUAAACCUGGAAUAACAAGCAUGGAAUCAACAACACUGCCCUUGCCUUUUUAUUCACGGUACC